CAGCCAGACUCCUUUUAAUCUGCUGGUUCCCUUUUCCUUCCUUCUGCAUCUCCCCUGCUAACUGCUUCCUCAGUUUUAUCCUCUUUUUUGGUACACGGUUGGCUGAUUUCGUUGAAACAAUCAUGAAGAAGUUCGGAUUCAAGAAGUCUGGGGAUGGCGACGACCACGACUCGAACAGACGGGCACUCUUUGGCUCCAGAUCGAAAAACAAGACCCCACCGGCUGCAAAUCCUUACGCAGCACCCAUUCAUACCGAUCCUUAUGCCAGAGCAAAGAUAAGCGCAGGAGUGGCACCACCGCCACCUGGAAUGGAACAUCUUGCUCGUUCUCCUCAGGCAGCCAACCCUCCCGCUGGCUAUGCGCCUAACAAUUUUGGCAAUCAGGGGGGAUAUGGAAGCAAUAGGUUUGGCAGCGGUAGCGGCCCGGGCACACGGUAUGGUGCUGGCGGUUACGGAGGCUUGGGUAGCGCGGACCCCAACGACCCUGCGGACUCCAAUCGCGAUGCACUUUUCGGAGGUGCAAGAGAACGAGUGCAGCAGCAGCAGCCUGGAGCCCCUCCGCCGUACUCAGAGCAGUCUGGUACCAAUGCUGGUGGUGCAGGCGAUGGUUACAAUACCGCUCUUUAUCAAGAACGGCAACUCACCGCAGAGGAGGAGGAGGAGGAAGAAAUCAAGGCAAUCAAACAAGAUUUGAAGUUCAUCAAGCAAGGAGAUGUUUCGUCUACUCGUAAUGCUCUCCGAGCUGCUGCCCAAGCAGAAGAAGUCAGCCGCAAUACGCUCGCGCGGCUGGGAGCCCAAGGAGAGCGAAUCCAUGAUACCGAGAAGAGCUUGGAUGCUGCGGCCAUUGAAACCCGAAUCGCCGAAGAAAAGGCAAGGGAGCUCAGAACACUCAACAAGAGUAUGUUUGCUGUUCAUGUGUCAAACCCAUUCACCAGCGCCCAGCGACGUCGAGAGCGUGACUUGAAUAUCCUUAAUACGAACCGGGAAGAUCGUGAAAAUCGUGAGAAUACCCGGCUUGAAGCUUUCAUGGCAAAUCAGCGAAUGGACCGUAACUUCAGAGACAUUGAAAAACAAUCUGGUGCAACUGGAACCUAUAAGAAGAAUUUACUAGAGCGGAAGAAAUACCAAUUCGAGGCUGACAGCGAGGAUGAUGCGAUGGAGGACGAAAUCGAACAGAACCUGACUCUUCUAAGUGGCGCUGCCGGCCGGUUGAACGGUCUCGCCCGCGCAACGAAUCGUGAACUGGACGAGCAGAACAGACAUUUGGAGCGGAUUAUGGGAAAGAGCGACAUGGUGGACGACCGGAUUGCCCUGAACCGCGCCAGGCUGGACCGUAUUCAUUAGACGAACCGGCCUGUUGCUCCUUGUCUAUAAUCUCGCUAAUUGAGCUAUGGACCGCCCGGUGCUGUCGAGCUCAGCAUUGUCCUGGUUUCUUUUAUUGCACACGCACACACACGGCUUCGUAUUCCAUAUUUGGCGUUUGAGCGUUGAUCCAUCGUUUUACUUACUGCUGUGUUCUUAACCGUCUGCCCUGAACUGUAUCGCAAGCGGUGAGAAAGGAAGGCCAGAACAUAAUAGUAGACCUAGUAGUUUGGCAUAUAUCAUUACGAACUUGUAGCCUCCAGUAUUAUUAUUAAUCUUUGUAUUUUUAAUAGUUUUCCUUGAUAUUCGUUACCUUUCCAGCCAAAGAUAUUCUGUCUACCAUGCCAUACAGUUGAGU